AUGAUAGACAGUGAAACAUUUUUUGCAAAAUACUUGUUGUCGCCAAGACUCUAACAUACUGAAUCUGACUAAAGACUUAUAUCCCUUAAUGCUGCCCAAAUUAGAUUAUCUCCAGAUAGAAAGAUAAAAUCCUCUUUUCUUUAGGAUGAAAUGUCAUUCACUUCUAAGAAUUCUUAAUUGCUCAGUCAAACCAUCAGAUCACUACUCAAAAACAGUUGGGACUUUGUUGAAACUGUUCGAGAAAAGAACUUAAUUGAUCCUCAUUUACAAUAUCAUUUAAGGAAAUUCAAAAAUGAUCAUGAAAGUGUCAGCGACCUUGUAAACAGAAAGGUUUUCGACAAUAUCGAGCAUCUAAAUUAAUACAAGGAUUAGAUUAAUUCUUUGUAAUAGGAAAUAGUGAACUUGAAUGAAAAAUGCAAACACAGAAAAGUAUGUUUAAAAAAAUUGAAUGAUAUUUUAAAUAGGAAAGAUGAUGAACUAUUGCAAUUGAAUCAAUAAUUAUAAACAUUUUAGACAGAAAAUUAAGCAUUAAAAAACCAACAGGAAGAACUAAAUUGUUAAAAUAUCCAAUUAAUUGAAGAACUAUAAAAUGUAAUAAGUUCCUCGUAAUAAACAAUCAAUUAACUCAAUUUGAAAAUCAGAGAAGGAGAAACUCAUUAUGAGUAGUUAAAAUCAGAUAAAGAUUAUGAAAUUUAAAUUCAAUUAAGUCAAACUGAUAAAUUAGAAGAAGAAUACGAUUCCCUCAAAUUGAAACUCAAGAAAUAAGAAUCUUAAAUAGGCCUAUUGAUUGAAAAAAACCAAGAACAAAAAUUUGAAAUUGAAUCACUCAACGCCUCAUAAGUUUAGAAUAAAGAUUAAAUCAAAUUAAAUGAAGCUGAAAUUAAGAGAUUAAAAGAUUUAUGUGCAUUUUAAGAAGAAUAACUGAAUUAAUAUUGUAAUCAAUAAACAUAGACUCUCUUACAAUUUACAUAAAGAUAGAAUGAAUUGACACAAUAAUUUAAUCAGAAGUAAAAUGACCUACUAUCAUAAAUUGCAUAGUAAGAAAAUGAAAAAGCAGAAUUAUAAGGAAAACUUACUUCAUUCAUUUAAAAGGAAGCUUAAUUGCAUAAAAAAAUCUAGCAGUUCGAGGAUAGUUAAACUGAGCUUGAAUAAACCAAAAACUCAUACUAUGAAACAAUCCAAUAAUAAAAGAAGUAAAUCACUCUAUUGACAUCACAAUGUUAAUAAUAUCUUUCAGAAUUGGAAAAUAAUCAAAAUGAAUAAACUAUCUAACAACUACAAAAUCAGUUAUCAUAAUCUAAAGUUACGAUUAAUGAUUUAAACAAUAAAAUUAAGGAAGAAGAAUAAAAGUUAGAAAAAUUGAAAUAAUAAAAGGAUGAUGACAUAUUUGCACAAUUAAAUUAAAUCUACAAAUUAGAAGAAGAAUUGGAAACUCUAAAAUAAAAAUUAAAGAAAUCAGACUCCUAAUUAGUCAUUACAUCUGAAAAGAAUCAUGAACUUAAAGAGGAAGUUGAGUCAUUAAAUGCUGAAUCACUAACUUUGAAAGAUUAGAUAAAGCUUAAUGAUUUAGAACUUAAAAGACUAAAAGACUUAACUUUAGUUUAAGAGGAAUAAUUAAACGUUUAUUGCAACUAAUAAGCAUAAACUUAUUAAUAAUUUAGUGCUAGAUAAAAUGAAUAAGUUCAAUAAUUUAAUACAAAGUAAAAUGAAUUGUUAGAGUAGAUUGCUACUUAAUAAAAAGAUUAUGCUGAUUUAUAAGGAAAACUAUCUUAGAUUAUGUAAAAAGAGAUUCUAUCACAUUAAAAAAUUAAAAUUCUAGAAGAUUAAGUAAAUGAACUUGAAGAAUUAAAUAAGAAUUUACUUGAAACCAAUACAAAAUAGAAAAAACAAUUAAGUAAUCUUAAUUAAGUGUGCUAAUAAAAUGACGUUUAAUUGGAACAAUAAUAAUUGGAAAGGUAAAAUUUAGAAGAAGCUAUUCAAUAAAAUAAAUAAAAACUAAAAUAACUUGAAGAUAAACUAAAUUAAUCUAAUUUAAUUAUUACGUAAUAUGAAUAAUAACUGAAUGAUUAGCAACUGUAACUAUCUAUCCUUAAUCAAACUCAACAAGAAUUGUAAUAAUAUUAAUAAAAAGUCUAAAUUUUAAACAAUAAUUUGGAUGAAUCAAGAGUUUAAGCAGAGUCUAUAUCAAAAUAGAAGGAGGAUCUAGUAGUAUAACUUUAGAAUACAAUACAUACAAAUAGUUAAUUAUAAUAAUUCAAUAAAACACUUGAAAAUCAAUAAAAAUUGAUUGAAAAUAAUUAUUCAAGUUUGACUUAAGAAAAUAGAAGACUUUAAAAUUAAUUAAGUGAAUCUAUUUGUGUAAGUAAAUAAAAAGAACUUGAAAAUUAAGAAUUACAGAAAUUAAAUGAAACUUUUAAUUAAUAAAUAUCCUAAUUAUAACAUCAAUUUACUCAAUUAGAAUAAUCAUAUCAUCAAAUAGAGUCAGAUAAAAAUGUUAUGAAUUAAUAAUUGAGUGAUAAUUCCCACUUCUUGGAGUAAUCUAUGGUAGAAAAUGAAAGUAAAUUAACAAAAUUAUAGACAUAAAAUUAAAAUCUGAAGGAGGAAAUAAAAUAGUUAAAAAAAAAUUAGAAUGAAAAAGAACAUCAAUUUGCAUAGACAGUUAAACAGUAUCAUUAAAAACAUUAAGAACAUAAUACAAAAAUGAGCGAGAUCAAUAAAUUAUUAAAGGAAAGAAACGAGGAAAUAUAAAAAAUGAAGUUGUAAAUGGAUGAUGCUUAAAUAAAAUCGUAGUUACUUAAGAUGAAAGAUGAAACAUAUAGAAGAUUAUUAAAUAGAAUAAUAAAAUCAAUUGAUCCAUUUUGUGAUACAAAAAAGAUUAAUGAUGUAGAUACUCUACUUGAAACUGCAGUUGAAAAGGUUCAAACCCUUGUUAAACUCAAAAGAAGAAAUAAAGAGAAUGAUGAAUUUUCUUUAAAUAGUUAAAAAGAACCAUUUAAUUUGGAAUUGUCUCAAAUAGUAUAAAAUUGA